CUACCACCAUGUACUGUCAGUUUAACGUUCAGUAAAUGUCUGAAGGAUUUGUUCUGGCCGGCUGAUAUUGCUGUUCUGCGUUUUGUUCGAUUGUAAUCAUGUCUAUGACCCAAGCGACGGAGCUGGUCUCCAAGGUGGAAUUACCCUCUCGCCCCAAGAAAUGCAGUGCGUUGGGCUUGCUUGAUAGUCAGCCGUGUCACUCUGAUGCAAUAUCACUCAACGGACUGUUUUGCCAAUUCCAUUCCAGACAGUGCCAUGGCUUGUACGUGGGCUACAAGAGGCGCAAUGCCGAACUUGAUGCACUGCCAAAUUCUCUCCCGGCCUAUUUGGCAGACAGUCCCAAAAAACUGGCAAAUGAAGACUUCGCCGAGCUGAGUGAUCAGAAGGAACUGGAGGAGAUCCAUGAACAUCUUCUCAAGCGACACAACCUACUAGACCGCGUGAUCAAAGCCCGCAAGAUUCACCACAGUCAUUUCUAUGCCCUCACCAUGGAUUAUGGACACGAGAAGUUUCUGAGCUCACUGGUCACUCAGAAGCUAACAGUCCUGAAAGCACUCGAGCGUGUGGUGCAACGCAUGGCCGAAGUGAUGUACCAGCAGCGUAAGUGGUUUGAGUGGGCCCGGGAAUGCCAGGACGAGGAAGACAAGCAGCGCGAGAACGAGCAGAAGAAGAUAAAGCGAGAAGCAGCUCUCUUUCGACGUCAAGCCAAAGGAUUGCAUCGCCGUAUGCGUGAGGCCAAAGCAGAGGAGGACGCUCGGAGGCAAGAGCAGUUCCUAGAAAAAGCCUAUCAGGAGAGACUCGCCGCAGAAGCCGGCCAGGAAUCCUGGGAUCCUCUCGAGGACGUCGUUGAGUAUGAACGGGGCUCUCACGUCCACCUGAUCAAGCAUUUCUUGUGGAUGGACGACCAACACACGAACGGUGAAGAAGUCGACUGUGCGGAGACUGCCGAACGUCCUGCAGACUCUGUUUCGGUUCCAGAAGCGCCGGCAGACACUCAAAUGUCUACCAGCACGAACGAAAGCACCCCGAAGCCGACGGAUGCGGCUCCAGAAUCCCAAAACGGCAGAAGAAAGAAGAAGAAGGGCAAAGGCAAAAAGUCCGAAGAGCUUCCGUCGACUGACCUUGGAAACGGUAUCACAGCUUCAAGCGAGAGUGAGAGACAAAUUGCCCCCAAUGCUAAGCCCGUCGUUGUUUCUACAGGGGACCGGCACCAGCGUCCAGAAGAUGAGCCAGACAUGGCAGAGACUGAGAGUCGACAGGAGAUGCGGUCAAGGCUGCUCCAAGGAACCAAGGUCGCAGGAGGGAGAUUGAUAUUCGUUGCAAUGGAUGGUACAAAGCGAAUUUUGGAGCGUAUGCCACCAAUGUCGCAAUCGGAAGUUGACCGCCUUACCAUGGAGAUUACUGAGAUCAAAAACUAUCUGCUGUGUCGGAUGCUUCUUCGGACUGCUGUUCUACUGCCUGCGGCUAUGGAAGCCAACAGCCUUCAAGAAUUCUUCGAAAGUCCGGAACUGAAAGCUCAAGAUCUGCGAGACUUGUGUCUUAAGCUGGAACAGCCCUCCCUCCAGGACAUACGGGAUGCGUGCGCGGAUUACUUUAGAACAGAUGAGGGCCCUGAUGCUGAAGAUCCAGCAAGUGAAUCGGAAGCAGACGAGGAAGACAGUGAGGCGGACAAUGAUGUGGUUGCCGCACCCCCAGGCAGCCGUCGACGGAAGCAUCAUUUACCAAAAGUAUGGCAGUCGAAACGAAAAGUCGCAAUGAGAUCUGAAAUGUCGGAGGAUCAAAACCAAAUGGUAGACUUGUUCGAGGAGAUGAAUCGAUCCGGUGAAGAACAGGGCACUCGCAUCAAUUUCGGCACGCUUGAUGACGCGGGAAACCUUCGAAAGAGCAAAAUGCGUGUCAAGAUAUGUGGCCGUUACAUCUACAACUAUCCGAGUAAGGGAUCGCUGAGUCGUGGCGGCUGGCUGCAAUUCAGUAUUCUCGCACGAAAUUGCAGCUUGUACAAGGCUGCCGAGUUGUGUAAAUCCUGGGACGAGUUCUACGAACUCAACCUUCUGGCGCAUUAUUUCUACUUUCCAAACCCGGAGUGGUUCUCAGGCGUAGCCGAAAACUUCGUGCAGCGGUCAUAUAUUCAGAUGGGAUUUGUACCGUUCGACAUCUUCCAAGAUGCGGAGCUUUUGAAUUUCAAUCGCAAAGGGCGCACCAGUGCUGGACGUCGAGUCCAUGCUUCGAUCGAGGUCAGAAAUUGGAUUUGUGCACAAAUGAAGCGCAACGACCCUGUCAGUCGUCGUUUCAUACAGUAUGCGUCAAUGCGGGCCCUCGAAAUAAUGAUUUUGGUGCGAGAUGGAAGGACUGGUCGAAUCAUUGUCCAACCACCUGAAAAAGAGUUGUGGCUCGAAAGACGACGGGGAGGGUAUGGUAGGUCUGCCCGCGCCGAAUGGGACACCAUCAAAUACGUUGGACCCGACUUCUUUGAAGAGAUGGAAAAGUAUCGAAGCUUUAGACUGGGAUUCGACGAUUACUACGAGAUCUACAUAUGGUCAUCCAACCCUGGCGGACAGGGGCAAGAGCUGCACAGCCAUGUGCUCAAGGUUCUUCACAAGGCACACCGGAUUAGCCAGCCAUUGGAUUGCUGGGCCAAUGCCGCUCCAGUUCUAAAGACUAUCACCUACGAUGGAGACUCAUUUCGCGUCAGGGAUGUUCGAGAGGACGAGACUACAACGACAAUCUGGGACGAUAUGACUUCGGAUCCGAGUGCCUUUCAAUUCAUGACACCCGAUGGGGACGUCUCUCGCGAAGUGCCCAAGCAUUUGCUCUAUACGAAGGCGGAUAUGCUCGAGGACAAAAUCUUAUUCCCCGAAGAGGCAUGCACGAUCUCCACCCGCAGACGUUAUAAAGGCGUUGAAAACGAGCUGACACAGUAUGAACAUGGCUCACUGAGAGAGUUUGCAAUGAAGUUCUUCGUUCGAGAUGGCGAUACAGACGAAGAGGAGUCGGACGGCUGGGAAGAUGAGCUGUCUGUAUGGGAAUCGGAGGACGAUAGCAUGGCAAGCGAUGACGAUCACACAGACUCGACACGCACUAUUGAGGAUGAUACAAGCCUUACUCCGGAACAAUCUACAAGCAGUGGCUCAAAGGACCUGAAUGGUCAUGGACCGCUCGCCAUAAGGGCUCAGACCAAGAAAUCGAGCGGAGACAUUCUGAGAGGGAUCUCUCCAAACCUGGCUACAGCUGUAGACAUUCUCGACUCAUUUGGGCCGGGACCAGAACGGAACGUGGAUAUGGACAAGGAGUUCAUGACAUGCAUGGACCUAUACAAAUCAAAAAUAUUCAAGGAGGCAUGGCACAACUCGGACUUGGAGCCGGGCGCGCAGCAACGUUGGCAUGAAUAUCUGGAGAUCCGUCGCGAUGCCGAGACACCUGAUCUCAAAGAAUACGACGAGAUAUUGGUGCCAUGUGCGCGUUUGCUGAAGUUUCUUGACUACCAUCCAAAUACACACAGGCGAGUCAUGAAGGACAUGAAACGAGCAUAUGGCAUCGUAUCCUUGUUUUUCUCCGCAGGUGCGACGUUUUUCGCCUCGACAAACGGCCUGAAACACGAGGCUUCCAAGAUCUUUGACCAGACACACCGCUGCAAGCAAUUACCCGACAGGCGGAGUUCACGGAGCUCCCGUUACAGAGAAGACAGUUUUUUCCAAGAUCUUGACAAUGCAACACGACGCUACAGAUUGCCAGAGGAUUAUGCUGCAAAUGACUUACCUCUUGAAUGGGAUAUUUGUAUCCGGCCCAAAAUUGCUGAAUUCUUCAGACACGGCGUUAUUUGCGUCUCUUACGUGGAGGAACCGGAAAUAUGCGGGAGAGCUUUUGCGGCUCAGGAGCACGAUCGACCCCAGGAUCUCUACUUUGACUUCCGGCCCGCUAUUGACGGCAUGAAAAUGCCGAAGGGGUUCGUCGAUCCAUACAGCAUCACGGUGCGAUCCCUUCGCCAAGAUGCUACGGCCUUCGUGGAGAAGUUCCCCCUGGCGCGUUUCUCGCUCCUACGCGUCUGGUCGUCACCACACUUCUAUCCUUUUAUGCUCUCCUAUGAGAAACGGGUAAUGACCAGUUUUGUCGAUAUGCUCGGCCGAAGCUGGGAGUGGAAGUUUAUUCCUAAAGACAUGCCGUACUCGGAAUGGAGUGUGCACUACAACAUGACCCAAAGGUUUGAACCAUAUAUGUCGCACUUUGGAGACGGCAAGAAGAUCAGGAUACGCAAGGAUGUUGUGUUGGUCAUGGCCGAGAGCGAGUCCGAUCUGCUACAGUUGACGGCUGCUGCUACCUUCAUCAUGCAAACUCAACCCUGGAGGCUCGAGGUCGACUUUUGGAAAAGUUUUGUGAACGUGGACCGUCAGUUCUUGGAUGGACUGGUAGACGAGUGGUGGUUGUGAAAUCCCUCAUAUAAAGGUUGCGCGAAAUUUGUGCGUGACAGAUCUACACAUGCUCACAAUCCUCGGUACCAAGGUAGUAUAAGUACCUUGUUCGGUGUUGAUGGCCCGUCAAUGGU